GGACGAGUAAUUCUCCCAUGCUCCAGCGGCCUUCACGGCGCUGCUGGCGAUGAAAACGGCAAAAGAAACUUGGGAACGAUAGUCGGGAAGCAGGAUAAAUUAAAAAUACUCAAUGUCGAACUCCACGUGCACAGCUCCUGAUCAAUGAUCUUCUAUAUCAAGAUUGCGUGCGGUUCCCUUCUUUCUUUUUCUCUUUCUUUCUUUCCCCCCUCUUUGGCGCCAAACAGAACUUUCUGCUUCACCGCCAACUGUCAUCGACCAAGGGGUCGGAUUGCUUGACGACGCGCUGCGCACAAUCGCAAGCAUCCCACAGAUUGCAGGAUCAGGUUCAAAUUCGACAUUGAGAACCGGAUAACACGACGAACAGACCACAUUUCGAGCCUGCAAUCUUCCCUUUGCACCGAUGAGGACGCGCUGGCACCCCCUCGAAUUCCUUUCCUCGCCUUUUGAUCCCAGUCUCGCCUAUGUCUCGUCGUCUGUCCCUAUUCUCCGUCGUCCAAUCGUUCUCGCCUCAGUUCGGUUAUUGCUUGCGUUCUAUGCCCUUGUUACCCUCCUGGUAUCUCUUGUAUGGGCCGGCGUAGUUUCACACGACAUAAACGGUUACUUCUCCUAUUUCACACAUCUCACAUACAUCGGACUCUGCUCGUACUACUUUGCAUCCGGCGUGCAGACGCUGGUGUAUGCACGGACCAACACAUACCUCCUCAGGACUUGGCCCUUCUCAAAGACGCUGCAAUUCCUACAUGUAUGGCUUCAUUCGACCGUUGUGACGUUCCCAUUCGUGGUCACCAUCACGUUUUGGGUUCUGCUGUCAUCUCUAAGCACGUUCUCUUCCACUUUCAACGCCUGGAACAACAUUUCGGUGCAUGCCCUCAACUCUCUGUACGCUCUCUUCGAGAUAAUCUUCACCAAUACUCCACCGCCUCCGCUGGUUUUCUUGCUGGCCAAUAUCGUCCUGUUGGGAGCUUAUCUGGGUGUGGCGUACAUUACUAACGCCACGCAAGGGUUCUACACGUACAACUUCCUUGAUCCCCAGAAACAAGGGUCCUUUCUUGCGGCGUAUAUCGCUGGUAUCGCAGUGGGAUAUAUUGUUGUUUUUGGCAUCAUAUCUGGAAUCAUGGUGAUGAGGCCACGGAUUGCAAAUAAGGUCAAGUACAACAAGGUCGAGGGUGAGAAGGAGAUGAGCGUCCGUCAGGCUGAGAGUUAUAGCAUCAGCGGGAGCACAGCAUGUCAGGAACACGAUGUUGAGACGCCAAAGGAUGGUAAUCGCUGGUAGAGGUGUUUUUCUUUUUCCGCUUUGCGUAAUGCGGGCUUUCGUUCCUUUUUUAGGAUGGAAUAGCGGCUUUUCGGUCGCAUAGCAGUUCGCACUGAUUGCAACAUUACGAUACCAUAACUUUUGACAACUCAAUGAAUCAUUGUACUUUUUUAGCUUGCUAGACCCAAAGAGAAUAGAACCUCAGAACUCCAGAAGCUUCAAGGUGGAAAGAUUUCUGCACCUAUGAAC